AUGACUCCGCCGCCUCCCCAGCCACGGUCCCCGGGCCCGAACCCCACCUCAGACUCUGCCGCCGACCCCCGCCCCGGGCCCGGACCCCUGGUCGUACUGUUCGGAGCCACGGCCGGUGCGCUGGGGCCAGACCUGGGUUCCGAUGAGACCGACUUGAUCCUCUUAGUCUGGCAAGUGGUGGAGCCGCGGAGCCGUCAGGUGGGGACGUUGCACAAGUCAUUGGUUCGCGCCGAGGCGGCCGCACUGAGCCCGCAGUGCCGCGAGGCGAGCGGCCUGAGCGCAGAGAGCUUGGCGCGGGCGGAGCCGCUGGACAAGGUGCUUCGGCAGUUCUCACAGCUGGUGAGCGGGGAUGUGGCUCUGCUAGGUGGGGGCCCCUACAUGCUAUGCACUGAUGGGCAGCAGCUGCUGAGACAGGUCCUGCACCCCGAGGCCUCCAGGAAGAACCUGGUGCUCCCCGACACCUUCUUCACCUUCUACGACCUCCGCAGAGAGUUCCAUGUGCAGCACCCAAGCACCUGUCCUGCCAGGGAGCUCACCGUGGCCACCAUGGCACAGGACUUGGGGCUGGAGACAGAUGCCACAGAGGAUGACUUUGGGGUCUGGGAAGUGAAGACAAUGGUAGCUGUCAUCCUCCACCUGCUCGAAGAGCCCAGUGGUCAAUUGUUUUCGAAGGCAGAGGUGGUAAAGCAGAAAUAUGAGACAGGCCCUUGCAGCAAGGCCGAUGUGGUGGACAGUGAGACCGUGGUUCGGGCCCGUGGGUUGCCCUGGCAGUCGUCAGACCAGGAUGUGGCUCGGUUCUUCAAAGGACUCAACAUUGCCAGGGGUGGUGUCGCACUCUGCCUCAACGCCCAGGGCCGCAGAAAUGGCGAGGCCCUCAUCUGCUUUGCGGACAGCGAGCAGCGGGACCUAGCGCUGCAGAGACACAAGCACCACAUGGGCGUCCGCUAUAUCGAGGUAUACAAAGCAACAGGAGAGGAGUUUGUGAAGAUUGCGGGGGGCACAUCACUAGAGGUGGCUCGUUUCCUGUCACGGGAAGACCAGGUGAUACUGCGGCUGCGGGGGCUGCCCUUCUCGGCUGGGCCAGAGGACGUGCUGGGCUUUCUGGGGCCCGAGUGCCCGGUGACGGGGGGUGCUGACGGGCUGCUGUUUGUGCGCCACCCUGACGGCCGGCCCACCGGUGAUGCCUUUGCCCUCUUCGCCUGUGAGGAGCUGGCGCAGGCUGCACUGCGCAGGCACAAGGGCAUACUGGGUAAGCGAUACAUCGAACUCUUCCGGAGCACGGCGGCUGAGGUGCAGCAGGUCCUGAACCGCUAUGCAUCCAGCCCACUCCUUCCCACACUCACCGCUCCCCUGCUCCCCAUCCCCUUCCCACUGGCAGCGGGGAUUGGAAGAGAUUGUGUACGCCUUCGAGGCCUGCCCUAUACAGCUACCAUCGAAGACAUCCUGAGCUUUCUGGGGGAGGCAGCUGCUGACAUCCGGCCCCACGGGGUGCACAUGGUGCUCAACCAGCAGGGUCGGCCCUCAGGUGACGCUUUCAUCCAGAUGACAUCAGCAGAGCGGGCCCUGGCAGCUGCCCAGCGUUGCCAUAAGAAAGUGAUGAAGGAACGCUAUGUGGAAGUGGUCCCCUGCUCCACGGAGGAGAUGAGCCGUGUGUUAAUGGGGGGCACCUUGAGCCGCAGUGGCAUGUCCCCUCCACCCUGCAAGCUGCCCUGCCUCUCACCACCUACCUACGCCACCUUCCAGGCCACCCCAACACUCAUCCCCGCUGAGACGGCAGCCUUGUAUCCCUCUUCAGCACUGCUCCCGGCUGCCAGGGUGCCUGCUGCCCCUACCCCUGUUGCCUACUACCCAGGGCCAGCCACUCAACUCUACAUGAACUACACAGCUUACUACCCCAGCCCCCCAGUGUCCCCUACCACUGUGGGCUACCUCGCCACACCCUCUGCUGCCCUGGCCUCUGCUUCCACCUCAGUGUUGUCCCCGCCAGGAGCCCUGGUCCGUAUGCAGGGUGUCCCAUAUACAGCUGGUAUGAAGGAUCUACUCAGCGUCUUCCAGGCCUAUCAGUUAGCCCCUGAUGACCACACCAGUUUGAUGCCUGUUGGUGACCCGCCCCGAACUGUGCUACAGGCCCCCAAAGAGUGGGUGUGUUUGUAGGUGAGGGAGCCAGGAGGGGGCAGGGAGGCAGAGAAUGCUGGCCCCAGCCCCUGGAAUACUUGACCCUUAGUGGCCACAUUGUGCCAUGAGUCCAAGGACGCUAGCUCUCCUCCAACUUGGCAUAAGGACUAUCAGGUGGUAAAAUCACAGACUUGUUUUGACUGACUGUACUGCAGUAUCCCCAGAGAACGCUAGGGGGCAGGAGGCCUUCACACAAAAACUCAGGCCUGAAUUUUAAAGGGGACUCUGCCUACUUUUCAUGCACACCUUGGGCAGGCCAGUUGUCCUGAACUCAGCAGACAUCGUGGAAUGUCAUUUGCACCCAUUAGAGGGUACAGAACUGAAGCUUCGGAAGGAAUUUGGAACUCUGCUCACUCCUCUGUAAGAUAAACAAAGGUUCCUAACCAA